UGUUGUUGUUACUUUAGUCCACAUAUUAUAUGGAAGGUAAUACCGGACAUAAAGUGUUCCAGACUGCGUAUGGAAGGAUUGCUGUGAACAUCUGCUAUGGACGCCAUCAUCCAUUAAAUUGGCUAGCCUAUGGCAUUAAUGGAGCGGAGAUUGUGUUCAAUCCAUCAGCUACUGUUGGAGCCCUCAGUGAGCCAAUGUGGCCUAUUGAAGCACGGAAUGCAGCUAUUGCUAACUCUUAUUUUGUUGCUUGUAAUAACAGGGUUGGAACGGAGACAUUUCCCAACGAAUUUACCUCAGCUGAUGGUAAACCAGCUCACAAAGAUUUUGGUCAUUUCUAUGGAUCAAGUUAUGUGGCAGGUCCUAAUGGUGGCAGGACACCAGGUUUGAAUAGGGUCCGUGAUGGUAUACUUAUUUGUGAGAUUGACUUAAAUCUUAUACAACAAAUAAGAGAUAAAUGGUGCUUUCAGAUGACACAGCGCACUGAAAUAUAUGCAAAGUUACUGGCUGAUGCAGUAAAGCCUGACUUUAAGCCAGACAUUGUGUACGAGACUACAGAUUAGGAAUAAGAAAUAUACUUAAACUGCUGAAUUUUAGGAACUUAAUUAGUUGUGCUCUUUCUAGUUUUAUUCAUUGAUUCGGUUAUUGUGAUUAAUUGA